CCCCUCCCUGCCACACGGGGAAGGUGAAAGCACAAAGGGACGGCCCAGGGAUCCAUGCUUCCUCAUAGGAGAGGACAUAAUGACUGUGCCAGGAUGGACCGGAGUCUCGGCCCUGACCCUCGGGGUUGGGGGCCUGCUCCUGAGUCUCCUCUUCCCGAGGCAACCAGGUCCCAAGGUCCAGGUGACCACUGCACCCUCCUCCUGGGCCCGUCUGGGCUCGGGGGCCCAGCUGCAUUGCCGGUUCACUGUUGAGGGGCCAGUGGCCCUGGACUCCGUGCGGGUGCAGUGGUAUUUAGGGGAGCGGAAGGUGGCCUGGUACGACCGGGGCAGGAGCCAGGCCCAGUCCGGAGCCAGCCUGCCAUCAGAGAAGGAGCUGCAAAGUGGAGAUGCCUCCCUGUCACUGGCUGUGGUGACCCCAUGGGACAAGGGCAUGUACAAGUGUGUCGUGUGGCACAAGGAACAUCAGCACCAGGGAAAGACCCGACUACACGUGCUUGUUGGCCCAACAAUCUCCAUCCCAAGACCACAAGCUGUGGCCGGUAAGGAAACGUCGCUCCUGUGCCAUGUGGUGGGGUUCUUCCCCAUGGAUGUGGACGUGGUGUGGCUGAGAGACGGGCAGGUCCAGAAGGGCUUCACUCGCUCCAGCCCCCAAAGAAAACUGGAUGGGACCUUCAGCCUCACCCUGAACUACACCUUCACUCCUAACCUGCACGACACUGGCAGUGUCUUCUCCUGCCGCGUCUACCAUGAGGUUCUGGGGCAGUCACUGCAGGAGGACGUCUCCCUGGACAUCCUAGCUGCCCCGACGAUCUCCAUCCCAAGACAACCAGCCGUGGUGGGCAUGAGGACCUCCCUCCUGUGCCACAUCAGGGGGUUCUUGCCCAAGGACGUGGAUGUGGUGUGGCUGAGAGAUGGGCAGGUCCUGAAGGACUCCACCCGCUCCAGCCCUCAAAUGAACCCAGACGGGACCUUUGACCUCACCCUGACCUACACCUUCACCCCCGCCUGCAGCGAUGCCAGCAGUGUUUUCUCCUGCCACGUCCACCAUGCGGCUCUGGGGCAGCCACUGCAGGAGGACGUCAUCCUGGACAUCCUAGCUGCCCCGACAAUCUCCAUCCCAAGACAACCAGCCGUGGUGGGCAUGAAGACCUCCCUCCUGUGCCACAUCAGGGGGUUCUUGCCCAAGGACGUGGAUGUGGUGUGGCUGAGAGAUGGGCAGGUCCUGAAGGACUCCACACACUCCAGCCCUCAAAUGAACCCAGACGGGACCUUCGACCUCACCCUGACCUACACCUUCACCCCCGCCUGCAGCGAUGCCAGCAGUGUUUUCUCCUGCCACGUCCACCAUGUGGCUCUGGGGCAGCCACUGCAGGAGGACGUCACCCUGGUCAUCCUAGCUGCACCAACAAUCUCCACGCGAAGACAACAGGGCAUUGCAGAUGCCGAGACCUCUCUCCUGUGCCACGUGGGGGGCUUCUUCCCCGAGGAGGUGGACGUGGUGUGGCUGAGAGACGGGCAGGUCCUGAAGGGCUCCACCCGCUCCAGCACCCAGACAAACCCGGAUGGGACCUUCAGCCUCACCCUGACCUACACCUUCACCCCCACUCACAGCGAUGCCAGCAGCGUCUUCUCCUGUCACGUUCACCAUGCGGCUCUGGGGCAGCCACUAAAGGAAAACGUCUCCCUGGGCAUCCGAGUACAGAGCACAGACGUGGAUCAAACCAGAACACAGAUCAUAGCCAUCAUAAUCAUAGCAGGAACCGUGGUCAUCAUAAUCAUUUCCUGCCAUACAAAUAGGAGAAAAGGCUGGGCAGUCUCGUACUCCAUCUCGGAGGUGGCUGGGCCAGAGCGGUGCCUGCUGGGCCAGGAGGUGACCCUGCGCUGCUCCAUGGAGGGGACGUUCCCUGAGGAUGUCACCAUCAAGUGGGAGUGGAUCCACAGUGACGAUAGGACCGUGCCUGAGAGCAACCAGCCACAGUCCCCAUCCGCUCCCAGGGGCUGCAGAGUGACAGAGGAGAGAGCUGGGACCCGCCUCACGUCCUCCCUGACCUUCACCCCCACGGUGCAGGACGACGGGGCGCGGGUCCGGUGCCUCUUCCUCCAUGAGACCAAACUGAUCAGAGAGGAGCGAGUGUCCCCGGAGAUCCAGGUGUGGGCCCGGCCGCAGGUGUCUGAGAUCCAGGUGUUGCCAGAGUGGGACCCCCGCGACAAGGUGCCGUUUGCUGUCCAGCUCCACAACUUCUACCCCAGGGAGGUGCCCCCGAUCCAGUGGGGCUGGGAUGGGGCCGGGAGCUGGAGGGAAGACCCCGCGCUGAUAGACAAGAACGCGGACGGCACGUUCACCGCGACGAGCGUCUGGAGAGUGCCCAGCCGGAGCCUGACCCGGCCGGAGCUGCGAGUGCGAGUGUGCGUCCAGCACGGCCCCGGAGAGCCCCCGAGCGAGAGAGAGCUCAGCCUGAGGGCCGCGGGUGAGGAGGGGCCGUGUCCUGGGGUCCCAGCCCCGCUGCAGGGGUGUGGGGUCUGUGUGGUGCCGCGGCUCCCCUGA